AUGGAAGAAUUGGGCGGUAUUUUCCCGCUCCCUGCGGUUGGGGGGACAUUUCAGGAUAGCGUGAGAUACCUUCUCAUCCACAAAUCAGGCUCAUGCGCUAUGCCAGAAAGCGAGUGCGGCAUACCGACAUGGAAUGAAGAUCCGAGUCAGCAUACAAAUGUCUUUAGGUAUUUGUGCGACAAUUCCGGUCCCAAUUCUCAAGCUCUUAGAUUGCUAAAGGCUCUGAUGCAGACUGUGAAUCAAGACCCAGCAAGCUACUUUGUUGUGUUUACGACUACAUAUGGAGGCUUGAUAUUUGCAAAGGCCCUCCUGCUGGCAUCGUCUUGUACGACUCCUAACUCGUCAGGGCCUUGUUUGCAUUACCACACCAUCCUUAAACAUAUACGGGCUGUGUUCCAUAUUAAACAAUUGGAGAGUAGCUCUCGAGCUGUCAUAUACGAUUUUGGUCGUCAAUACCUUGCUUCCAUCUUCAAGCACCGUACGCAGGUUGGGUGCAAAGUCGCUCGGAUACCCGCAGAGAGAAAUGAGCAAGUCCAUGAGUCGAUACUGCAUUUACUUAGCAAUGGGGCAGCCGACAGCAUCAUCGUGGGUUUCAAGACAGUAUCAAUUGACAAUGGCAGAGAAUAUGAGCCUGAAGGAUGUUUGCAGACCGUCACAAUACCUUCGAAUGCAUUCCAGACUACCCAGGAGCUUGAUGCUGACAUCCUGAAAUUGAUAUCGGUCCCAGUUUUCAGAGCGCAGUCUAAACGUGAUUGUGACGCUGAAACCAGCACGCUCUACGACAUUGUGCGCCAGAUAUCUGCUAUUUCGAAGCCAGAAGUGGCGCCUGUACUCCCAUCCGGAGGCACGAACAUCCCUCGUUCAACCUCAAAGUCGACUGACAGGCAAGACGAUGGAUAUCAGAAAAGCUCAUCACCUGAGUUGAGGUCUAUACUUCCGAUGCCCUGGAACCUACUAUUUGGCGGAGGUCCCAUCUGCGCCUCACGUCAGUCAACAGAAGGACGACAAGUCUUCAGUGCCGACUUUGUGAGCGACAGCGAUUUUGAGUCUACCUCAAAUCAUCUGCAAUGGCCAGCAACUGCAGAGUUCAACCUUCCACUGAAAGAAAUAACAGCAGCAACAACGUCAACAACGCAACCACCGACACCACCAUCCCCAAGAUCCCCGCCAAUCGAUUGGGACCAACCCUUUCCUCCAGAGCCCCCAGACAGAGGGGAUGAGGAAGGAAGCGACACAGGGUCCGCAAGCCCACACGUUCGCUGGCUACCAUCUCAUUGGCUUCCCUUCUACCCUUGUCCGAAACCAGCUACACCUACACCGGUUGUGGUACACAAUUAUGCUGGCAACACGAAACUAAGAGAUAUAAUGGGAGCCGGCGUGAUCGGAGCGCUAGCUGGCCGUCAUUUGGACGCGACAUCGAGCUCAGUACCAGGACAUGUCGUCGAUACUAUAGACUCAUUACAAACCAUAACGUACGGGAAUUCUGGCCAUUACCACGGUCCAGAGGCUACAAUAUACAAUGCCAGUCCGAUGGCAUUGGCAUACAAAGGUGACCCUUCAGAGCCUUUUGUACCACUUGAGGCUUCUGCAAUUGUUGGUUCGGGACCCAUCCCUGCCACGCACCAGAAUGAAGAAUAUGGUGAGACUGCUGCUUCGCAACAUUACAGGACACCAGAUGUUCAAGAUAACAGGGAAGACUUUGGUCUGGAACUGGAUCUCAUUCAAAACCCGGGGGCAAGUCACGACGAAGACGAGUCUUUGAGUGAUUGCGGAUCGCUAGAGGUUGAUGCUUCUGAGAAUGUUGAUUCAGAAGCCACAACAUUGCCGUGUCAUGUGCGCGGCUGUCAGCAGCCCGGGCAUCGCUUUGUGGCGACCGGGUUCCCAUGCAGUGAGCCAGAGGGCUGCCAUCGGCCAGCACCGCAAUAUGAAUAG